AUGUAUGAACAGAUCUGCGUUGAUGUCAAAAUGAGUAAACUUGACCAAAAUGACAAAGAAAUGUUGACAGAAAUAAGAAACUUGAACACGGAAACAAUUCCCAAAGUUAUUUUAGGUAUCCAUGGAAGCAAGAUACAGGAAUGGGAGGAAAACAGUGCGAAUAUUGUUGAAACUAAAGCCAUCAUGAGCCUUAAAGACUUAAUUUACAGAAACAGCAUCGUUAACAUCACGGGGCCACCGGGUUGUGGUAAAAGUACAGCUAGUCAGUGUGUUGCUUUGUAUCUUCAAAAUAAUCACGGUUAUCAUAUAGUUCCAGCUAAUUAUCCCGCCGAAAUUUUGCAAUACAGAAACCCAGAACAGAAACAGGUCUUUGUUUAUGAUGAUGUGUGCGGUAAAUAUGAGAUUGAAAUACAUACAGUUAAUGACUGGAUAAAGUUAUCCCCUGACAUAUUAAAAGUGUUGACACUUAAUGGUGUUAGGGUCUUAGCAACAUGUCGUUCUAACAUUUCAAGAAAUAAACAAUUUGAAAGAAUCAAGAUCUUUUCGAAAAAUCAGUGCGAUUUUCAUUCACAUCAAAAUAGCCUUACUACAAAUGAAAGAAUUUUGAUAGCGGAAAAAUUUCUAGAAAAAGAAGACGUAAAUAUUUUAAAAGGACAUAAAUUACUGGAUAAGUAUGACAUGUUUCCAUUAUUAUGUAGAUUUUACUCUAGAAAACCCACAGGUAGCUUAACCGCAUUCUUUUCAAGACCAAUAGAUGUGAUAAAAGAAGAUUUGGAAUCAUUAAUGGACGCAGAUGAUCAAACAUCUUACGCUACUCUGGCUUUGUUUGUGUUGUGUAACAAUUGCAUAAAGACCGAUAUGCUUUCUUCUUCCUCAAUUAUAAAACAAAUACUAGAGGAACUGGCUGAUAGGUGUACUUUACGUCAUGUGUUUUCUCUUCAAGUAGUAAAAUCACAAUUAGACAUGCUUACAGAUUCUUAUGUUGAAAAAUCAAAUGACACAUACAAAAUAAUACAUGAUAAAAUUUGUGAUAUACUGGUAUCAUUUUUUGGGGAGCAUAUGUUUGAUUUGGUUCUUUUACAUAGUGGAUUAGAUUUUUUGCGUAAUCGGUUUCAAUUUCAGUCAAUAGAUGCAAACCAAGAGGAUUGUCCUAUUAUUGUCCCAAUUGAUAAAGAAGGAGAUUACUUUGACUUCUUGUUUAAGGAUGUUACAUGUACAGAAUGGUCGAUGAUCGUUUUCGACAACAAACUGUUACAAUACAGAACAUAUCGCACCAAACUGUUGAAUUAUAUUGCAGUUCUCCCAAAUGAGAAAAUAGUCAGUUUGAAACGUUGGUUCAAUGACAUAUAUUGUCCACUUUUAUUCGUUGCACGGGAUGGUUAUGAGGACGUUGUAGAUGUUUUAAUAAAACUCGGUGUAAGUGUUAAUUGUGUUGACCCUGUGUGUAGAACACCAUUACUUUUGGCAUGUAAAAAUGGACAUGAAGAUACUGUGAGACUAUUAUUAGAACAUGGGGCUGAUUCUAAUCAUUGUUGCUACUAUACAUUGUCACCUUUGUUGGUUUCGUCAUUUAAGGGAAACAUAGAGAUUGUGAAAAUGUUACUGCAAUACGGAUCAGAUACAAAUCCAACGAAUACAGAAUUAACUUAUUUCCGUUCAAAGACAUUUUUAUUUGAUUUAGAUUAUGAGCCUAUGCAAAACUGUAGCAUUUGUGGAUUUUAUGACACAUGUGUUAACAAAUUUACUCAAAUAGCAUCUAAAGAGACAAGAAAGAUAAUGGACGUGCUAUAUAAUCACCAUCCAAGUAAUACUGUAAACGUUUCUGACAAGUAUGUAUUCUGUAAACAAUCUAGAUUUUAUGAUUUGUCGUUUACUGUAUACAAUGAAAGAACAGGCACUUUAUUAAAACAUUUUUGCAAUCCAGAUAACUUUUGCCAAUUCGGAACAAGCUCACCAUUGUAUGCAGCAGCUGCGACCGGGAAUCUUCAGAUGGUUAAGUUAUUGUGUGACUACGGAGCAAAAACCUAUGACAGUGAUCUGUUUCUAUAUACCCCACUCCAUGUAGCAGUGUUUUAUGGACAUAUUGAAAUUACUCAGUAUUUAAUCAAUAAAAACGUUGAUAUAAACGGUCAAAAUAAAGAAGGUGAAACUCCAUUGUACAUCGCAUCCAAAAAUGGCAAUGAGGAAAUAGCUAAGCUUCUUUUGCAGCACAACGCAAAUGUUAAUCUUUGUAAUGUAGAUGGUAUUUCGCCACUUUUUAUAGCGUGUUUCUGGAGUAACCAAAACGUCGUUGAAUUGCUUAUUCAUUUCAGGGCAGACGUUAAUAUGUGUGGAAACCGCGAUGAUUCGCCACUAUUUAUAGCAUGUUUGAAAGGUGACGUUGAGCUUUUACCGUUGCUUUUAGAGAAAAAUCUGUGUAUAAACAUUCGCACCCAGUUCAGUCUUACGCGAAUGUCUGCUCGUGAUGUAUUUGGAAGAGCCGAAUUUUUAAGUAGAUUCACUUUUCGGGAUAUGUUAUGGCUGCCUUUUGAGAGUUAUGAUAUUAUGGAAGAACACACAAUCGGGUGUGUAACCCCUUUAUACAUUGCAUGUUCUAUUGGUUACAAAGAUGUGGUAGACAUGUUAUUAGUAAAAGGAGCUGAUGUUAAUUUUUGUAACAAAAAUCACGAAUCGUGUCUUUUUGCAGCAGCAGGAAAAGGACAUUCAGAGAUCGUCAAGAUAUUACUUGAACGCAACGUUAAUCCAAAUAUAUGUAAUGAAGAUAACGAAUCGCCUCUAUUCAUAGCAAGCUUUAACGGUCAUAUUAAAGUCGUUGAAUAUCUUUUACAAUUCAAUGCUGAUUGUAAUAUUGCGAAUAGAUUAAAUGAAACGGCUUUAUCUAUUUCAGUUCAAAGGUCUCGAACAAUGCUGAACGUGGUCAUUCUCAACUUUGAUGAAAAAUAUCGUAUCCUUUGUAGACAUUCUUGUUGUAAAACAUGGCGGAGAUGGACAAAUAUAGUAAAACUGUUAUUGGAAAGUAAGGCUGAUAUCUUCAGUAGUUCGCUUGUGUUUUAG